AUGUGGAUUCUUCCUUUGCUCGGUUAUUCAGGGGUGGUCGUCGGAUUCGCCUUCCUGACCCUGGCUAUCGCCUCGGGGCUCUACUACCUCUCUGAGCUCGUUGAGGAGCACACUGUCCUUGCCCGAAAGCUCCUGAAUCGCUUGAUAUACUGUAUCAUUGCGGCUCAGGUAUUACUUGUCGUCUUCGACCACUUCCCCAUAUGGCUCUCUCUGCUCAGCAUCCUGUCUCACCUGGUCUAUGCCAGCAACUUGCGUCGGUUCCCCAUUGUGAAACUGUCGGAUCCUCUAUUUCUGCUGUCGUGCUUGCUAGUGGUUCUUAAUCAUUGGCUCUGGUUCCGCCAUUUCUCGAAACCCCCAGCCCCGACUCAACGAUCCGAAAAUAAUUGGCGCCAGCCGUAUCAAGUCAACUACGAGGAAAUCCCUUCUUUCUCUGAGGUGGCCUCGUACUUUGGCCUAUGUGUCUGGCUGGUCCCAUUUGCUCUCUUUGUGAGUUUGAGCGCGGGUGACAACGUUUUGCCCAGCAUGGGCUCCGAGUACGCAACCGGGGAGCAUGCCUCAGCUGGUUUAGGUCAGAGCCGCGACCCUUCGGGUGGAAAAGCGAAGAAUAAGGGCAUGGCGAAGGCAUUGGUGGACAAAGUACGAGAUUGGGCGCGGGAAAACGGCGAGCUGAUGGGAUUCUGGAAAGGCGAGCGAAGCAGGCGUUUUUAA